CAGUUUACUUUUAUUCUUUGAAUUUAAACUAUCGUUCGUAUUUUAAUAAAAGAGAUGCAAUGUACGUGGAGAUUUUCCCGCUGUACCAAAUUUCUGGUCCAGGAUAAUUUAAAACGUGUUCGUGGAUUAGCUCUGAGUACCCGAGCUCAUAAAUUUGAUGAAUUAUUUCGUGAACGUGAGUUCCAGUCACGGCACAUCGGCCCGCGAGAUCAUGAACAGUUGGAGAUGCUCAAGACUAUUGGAUUUAAGUCAUUAGAAGAAUUAACAAACGCUGCGGUCCCCAGUAAUAUACGAAGAAAUAAGGAUCUAGAACUGGAUCACCCGAUCACUGAAUAUGAACUGAUUAAAAGAAUAACCGAGAUGUCGCAAAAAAAUAAAGUAUGGAGAACAUACAUUGGUAUGGGAUAUUACAAUUGCUGUGUUCCACUGACGAUUAUGAGAAAUAUAUUUGAAAAUCCUGGAUGGACCACGCAGUAUACGCCGUAUCAACCGGAAAUAGCACAAGGAAGAUUAGAAAGUCUUUUAAACUACCAGACGAUGAUCUGCGAUAUGACAGGCAUGGAAGUAGCAAAUGCGUCACUUCUCGACGAAGGAACGGCAGCAGCCGAAGCUCUGGGUCUUGCAUACCGCCACAACAAACGGAAAAUAUUGUUCGUCUCUGACAAAGUCCAUCCCCAGACUAUCAGUGUCAUUGCAACCCGGGCGAACUCUUUGGGAUUGACUCUGCAAGUUGGAGAUGUCUUUAACGUCGACACAUCUUCGAAACAAGUUGCGGGUAUUCUUCUUCAGUAUCCAGACACCACUGGAGCUAUCUAUGAUUAUCAGAAAGUAGUUGAUAAAGCUCAUGCUGACGGAACUUUAGUGUGCGCAGCAACUGAUCUUCUGUCUCUGGCAAUUCUUCGUCCUCCCGGAGAGUUUGGUGUCGACAUUUGCGUAGGAACCAGCCAACGUUUUGGAGUUCCUCUGGGCUAUGGAGGACCACAUGCUGGAUUUUUCGCAUGCCACAAUAAGUUGGUGAGACUGAUGCCCGGAAGGGUAAUCGGUGUGACUAGAGAUAGUGAUGGCAAGGAUGCGUAUCGUCUGACUCUUCAAACACGUGAGCAGCAUAUAAGAAGAGACAAAGCUACGAGCAAUAUUUGUACCGCUCAAGCACUUCUUGCAAACAUGUCAGCAAUGUACGCAGUUUAUCACGGCCCCGAGGGCAUACGUGAUAUUUCGAAAAAAGUACAUCACUUGACUCUUGUCCUUGCGCGCGGUCUUCAAGCUGCUGGUAAUCGUAUGCAUAAUGAUUUCUUCUUUGAUACGAUUACCGUUACACCUAAGCAACCGUUAAAAAUUAUUAAAGACAAUGCUCAACGUCUUGAAAUUAAUCUGAGGUACAAUGAUGAUGGGUCUAUUGGAAUAUCUCUUGACGAAACGACGACACCGAAUGACGUUAACGAUUUAUUUAAAAUAUUUAACGCCAAUCAAACUGUCCAAGAUAUUGUAAAUAACGAAUCACUUGAUGAAAAUAAUCUAGAAAAAUCUCCGUUCAAACGUACGUCAACUUAUUUACAACAUCCGGUGUUUAAUAUUCAUCAUUCAGAAACACGGAUCGUAAGAUACAUGAAAGCUCUAGAAAAUAAAGACGUUUCUCUAGUACACAGCAUGAUUCCAUUGGGUUCAUGUACAAUGAAAUUGAACUCAACUACCGAGAUGAUGCCAGCCAGUCUACCGGGUUUCAUCAACAUGCAUCCUUUCGCUCCGGUAAAUCAAGCCGAAGGUUACCGAGAAUUGUUUGCGCAAUUGGAAAAAGAUCUCUGCGCGAUAACCGGUUACGAUGGAAUAAGUUUCCAGCCAAACAGCGGAGCUCAAGGAGAGUACGCGGGUCUGCGAGCUAUUCAAUGUUACCACGAGUCCCAGGGCGACAUUGACAGGAAGGUUUGUUUGAUACCGAUUUCUGCUCACGGAACAAACCCAGCGUCUGCUCAGAUGGCCGGUAUGCAAGUCGAGCCGAUUUUUGUUCGCAAAGACGGUUCUGUGGACUUGGAACACCUGAAGGAGAUGAUUGACAAAUUCAGACAGACUUUGUCGUGCCUUAUGAUAACAUAUCCGUCUACCAAUGGAGUAUUUGAAGAAACAAUCGGCGACGUUUGUGAUCUGGUGCACAAAUCUGGGGGUCAAGUUUAUCUUGAUGGUGCCAAUAUGAAUGCCCAGGUAGGUCUCUGCAGACCUGGUGAUUAUGGUAGUGAUGUUUCACAUCUUAAUCUUCACAAGACAUUUUGUAUUCCACAUGGAGGCGGUGGACCUGGAAUGGGACCUAUUGGAGUGAAACGUCACCUCAUGCCAUUCUUACCUGGACAUCCGGUAAUUGACCCCGCGAAUGGUCAAAGCAACGACACUGCUGGUCUAGGAACAGUAUCCGCGGCUCCGUAUGGAUCUUCAGCAAUUCUUCCCAUAUCAUGGGCGUAUAUCAAAUUAAUGGGACCUAAAGGACUUCGUAAAGCCACUCAGGUCGCUAUAUUAAAUGCUAAUUACAUGAGCAAACGAUUAGAAAAGUAUUACAACACUUUGUACAAAGGAGAGACUGGUCUAGUAGCUCAUGAAUUUAUUCUUGAUGUGAGAGAAUUCAAAAAGACGGCAAAUAUUGAAGUUGUCGAUAUUGCCAAGAGAUUGAUGGACUACGGAUUCCAUUCGCCGACAAUGAGUUGGCCCGUUCCUGGUACUCUGAUGCCUGAGCCUACUGAGUCGGAGGAUAAAAUUGAACUGGAUAGAUUUUGUGACGCAAUGAUAUCUAUCAGGAAAGAAAUAAAAGACAUUGAAGACGGAAAAAUGGAUAUAAAUGUGAAUCCAUUGAAAAUGGCACCGCAUACUCAAGAGCAAGUCAUUAGUUCGAAAUGGGAUAGACCUUAUUCACGAGAAUUGGCGGCUUUUCCUGCACCAUUUUCAAGUGUUCCAAAAAUAUGGCCAAGAGUUGGUAGAAUAGAUGAUAUUUAUGGUGAUAAAAAUCUCUUUUGCACGUGUCCACCAAUUCUUCCUCCUCAACAAUAAUGAUAAUAAAUUAAUUAAUAAACUAAUUGAUAAUUAAUAAUGUUAAUUUUGUUCUAUAAAUAUAGUUUAAUAUUUAUUAAAAAUUAUUUUUCUAA